CCGAGGAUCUGAAGAUAGUGAUAGAUUCGCACUAGACCUGCAAUAGUGUAAAAGCAAAGCAUCUAGUACGAAAGCUCUAGGUGAACUUAAUACAUGGGUGCUAUUCACUUUAGUCUACGAGGUUUUCUAUGCGCCUUCAUGCUUGACUAUUGAUUGCAGCGAUAGAUAAGUGAUUCACUACCAGCGCCGGUUCUUCUUUGUUCGAUCAGACUUGUGUGGUCUGCGAGGAGGUCAAUAUCUGGAAAACUUUUUCGAAUUUUUCGCAACUUUCCUGGAUCAUGCCGAGGGUCGCGCAUUUAUCGUAAUACAGAGCAUGGUAGACGCAGGAGGAGAAGGAGCGGGACUGCCCACACGGCGCAAAGAAGCAGAAAAGUGGCAUUCUGGGUUGCACGCGGAGCUUUCACCGACGUAUGGAGCCUGGGUUGAGCAUAAUGUUCGUCGUUGCCUUGCACGACUACAAGAACGAGCAGCCGUCGAGGCGGAAGAAGACCGACGAACCAUAGAAAAGGAUCCGUCAAAAGCGGCGGAGGUUCUAGCGAAAGGUCGAGAGCUCGCGGACGAGAUCAGGCAGUUGGAGAGGUGUAUGGGAUUGCAUACUGCUUGUGCUGCGGCUGCGAAACGAGGCUACUUUGUGUGGGAGGUUGACGCGGCUACUUGGAAGAGCAAAGCAACACACUUUACCUGGUUUCCGGUAGAAGAAAAUAAAAAGCUAAAGAACCUCCCUGGGGCCGCGGGUAGAGCAGCGCCACCUCCUCCGGUUGCAAACGACAGAGCUGUCAACGACGGAGCGCAACCCCCAGAACAGGAGCCACCGCAACUUGAAACUCCGCCCCUGCACAAACCUGGACAGUUUCUCGAGGGAUGGGAAGUCGUCGGUGACAUCGACGAUGCCGCCCAUUUUCCUCCGACCGUGGGCACAACCAGCGCCAUGCAAGCCAGAUUUGUGUCGUACCGUGCCACAGACGGAACGAGGUCCGCAAUCGUGCAAGAGCAGCUCCGGUCUUGGAUGGCUGUCGUGCGGCGUCAGUCAGGUGGUCGUCUGCAGAAACAUCUGCCAACGGAACUGUUUUUGCACAUCCACAAAUUUCUGCGACCGAUUGCAAGCGUUAUUCUGAACCCUCGAUAUCUGGCCCAUCUUGCUACAACAAAACGCGUCCGGGACUUACAUGAAAUGCUCGGUCCGUUGUUGGGGCAGUGCUUCGAUGUAGCUAAGGCAACCACACGCAAAUCCCAGCUGAAUGGGAUAAUUGGGUGGACGGAAGACAAACAAAAACUUUGGAAAACGGGGAACGUCGCGUUUUUUGUCAGGCUCGGCAAGCAAUCUCUGACCUUCGAGGCUCCAGAUAUGUGGGGGAGCAAGAUCGAAGACAUCAUUUGCAGCAGUGACGAAUGGGAAACGCAGCGAAAGAAGGAAAUCGCAAAUGCAAUGCACUUCGUUAGGAACACCAAACGUAAUCGCGCGUCAAGAAAUGACGCCACUAUGUUGGGAGUCCGCAAGUAUUUCGAAGACAAAGGCUUCACUUUCGAACAUAAUAUGGAGUUCCGCUUUGCUUUCACGGUUCGCUGGUGA